AUGGCUGGAAAGUUGGAAACCGAGAGUCGCAAAGUUGUAGCGACAGACAAAAGGCGGGAGAGGAGCCAGUGGAGUGAAGAAGGAGGGACUAGGGAGCGGAGCGGGACGAAUGGGGGAGCCCUGUUGAUGCUUGGCGGAUGGGAUUUUGAUGCGUUUAGGAUGGAGCAAGAACCGGCUGACACGAGGCGAAAAUGGCCAAAAAAAAUAGACCAGAACAGCGAAAGGAAGAUGGAAGGCGACGGACAACGGGCUCUUUGGGAGGGGACAGUCCCACGGGGGGGUGAACGGGGCUGGGCGCGUUGGGGCGGGCGCGUUGGGGCCGCCGAUGGAAGGGAUGGCGAUGGGGAUGGGAUGCGAGGCGGUGGUGUUCGUCGUCUUGGGAGGACUGAGAAAAUACGGAGAGGGAGCGAGAGAGGCCAGGAUGACGGGCGGGGGCACGUGAGCGAUGAGUCAGCGUGGUGGCGCGGAUGA